ACAACGGCAGGAAAAUGGCUACACAACAGGAGAAUACCAAGUGCAGAAUCAAAUCCACUGAUUUGACAAAAUUAUCUUAAGGCAGAGACUGUAAAACCAACUGAUUGAGGACAGAUCUUUUUUAAUAUUGAUUUUAUGAGUUAAUUUGGAAAUUGAAAUGCUUUUAGUUCGGUGUUUUUCAUCUAAUUCGACGUAGAAAUUGUGAAAGUGGCCUGGCCUAGGAGAAGCAAGCCCCUGGCUCGUAAACGGAUCACCAGCUUGUAGUAUCGAAAAUGGGAAAGCGAAAAGUUACUAAAGAAGAAGGAGAGCAUGAAGUUAACAUUACUGUAACAAUCGCUAAAGCCUCUGAAAUUGACUAUGACUUGAUGACUAGUAGCCUGAAGAAGAAGGGAAAAUCUAUUGAAGCACCAAAAGCUCAGACAUAUUUUCAUUGCACAUACAAAUUGCUACCAGAUGACAAAGAGAGUGUCAAGACUGAUGUUGUGACUUAUGGUUUUGCUGCAAAACUUUAUACAGAAAGUGAUUCAAGAGUUUUGAGAACAUGGGUUGAUGGAGGUAAAACGUGGGUAGCUUGGACAAACAGUCACAAAAUCAAAGUAACUAAAGAUGUUUUAUUGAAAAUGUUCAAUCAUUCAUUGGAGUUGAAGAUUUGGGAUUCAAAAGAGAGGGUUUCACCCAGAGCGAGGUUUGACCGACCAAAAGCAUUCAAACUACCGCAGCUUCGAGCCGAUGAGGAAUUCGAUAUCGAAAAUAUUAAAAAACUUCUACGAAAACACGGGGUUUCUCAAAAGGAGGCUGCUCAGAUAACCCAAUCAAUAAACCCAGAUAAGCAAGCCGAGGCGAUGGAACCAAAAGAUUCAACCCAUGGCAUGAAAACAAGGACUGAAGGAAUGUACCCAAACGCAAAAUCAAAAGUAAGGCCCACUUCGAAGGCUACAGAUUUCUCAACCAGUCACCACAUGAAAGUAGACAUUUUGCAAGAAAAACCUGGGGACAGAAAUUUAGGGGGCUUUGAAGAGUCCCCUGAUACCCCAACUGCAGAUUCUAAUAGUGUUUUGAAAGUCAAAGUAUUUUUGAAUGACAACAAGGAGCCACAGAUGGGGAAUCUAAUGAAGCUUGCGUCAGUAGGAAUUAAAGAAGAGAAGGAUGACGACGAGGAACUGGAUAAUGUUGACUUGGUGAUGGCAAGAAAGACAGUGAGCAAUCUAGGCAAGAGAAGUUCAUCGACAGGAAGAAGCUCAAAGUCAAAAUCAGCUGCAGCCACAGACAAAAAAGCUGAAGCAAGAGCUGCCCACAUCAAGGCGCACGGCCUAACCUCCGUUUCAGUGAAGUUGUCUUCGUUCUUUACCGGCGUCUCUUUGAUAAAUGGCAGGCUUGAAUUCCCUAUUGGCACUGUGGAGGAUCUUGUUAUUACCUUAUCUGUGGACCAGCCACUCUUAUCAGAACCGCAAAGGAAAGCGUUAAAUCCAUUGAUAAUUCGCAUCUUGUCUGCAAACAACAUGCCAUCACAACCGGUGUCUUACAGUCAUUUACGUAAAAGGUGUUUGCCGCCAUACAUUUCUUACAGUUUUCACGAUCAACCGUUGCACAAAAGUCGUGGCUGUGUUCAUGCUUCAAAAAUCGAAGUCGACGACGUUUAUGUUGUCCUCUUGGGUAUUCAAGAAAAAGAGAAGCUUUUCGAGUAUCUAAGAGGUCCGGGUCUCCAAAUCGAGGUUCAUGACCGCGAUCGAGAUACUAGCCAGAAAAACGAUGUUCCGACGAUAUUUGGGCAACAUGAAGAUGACAACAUGAUCAACAAAGCCAGUUUUGUUACUGGGCGACGGACUGACCACAAUCCAUUCACCCAAAAAGACAAAGUGUGGGAUCCUUAUGGCAUUGCAACAUUCAACCUCUCCGAUUUUCUCCUUGGUGAAAAGAUUAUCGAAGGAUUCGUGCCCAUACGAUGCUGCAAAAUUCCAGAUGUUAUUGACGGGCGCGGAAUUGGCAAUAAUUCCGAGAAAGUUGUCGGGACACCCGGAAGUGUUGAUGGCCCUAACGAAAUGCCUAUGCCUGUUGCAAACUACAUCGAAGCUGGAAGUGAGCUGAAAGCUAAAAUUGAACUAGCUUACCCUCUCAAAACCAUUCAAGAUAUUCAGCUAAAGAGAACAGUCGCAGAACCAAUGGAGUGCCCGUUCUCAAGACUAGUUUACAUUUUCGAUUACCAAAGCAAAGACUUUCUGCAGAAGAUUCAAAGUGAAGUAAUGUCAAUAAACGCAGAAACUUUGCAGUUAAAAGACUUUCCUCAACAUGUAAUCGAGGCUGCUUUAUCAACCUACAAGCUCAGCGAUGCGCAGAGAAUAAGCAAGUCGCUGAACAUAAUCACUGGCUUCCAGAUCAUUGAUGGAGUGCACCAUAUAUUCGUGCUUGAAGGCCUCAGGGACCAUGGCAUCAAAACAUUGUGGGAGAAUUUGUCCCAAUCACAUUCAGACGGAAGCAAUGUAUUGUCAUUGUACAACACCGACAUAACGUUUCAAGAACGAAUAUACGCAUCGUUAGAUGUUGAUCUAACAAGAGUAAGGCUCCAUCAACCACUGGGUGCCAUUGUCAAACUGCCUCUCUUGUAUGUCAGAGACAUGAUACCCCGGCUCUGUCUUGAGGCCGUUCUUAAACUUUAUGACCUGUUAUCAUGCCCGAGACUAAGGGAUGCCAUUCGCAAUGAUUUGUUUCCAAGUGAUGCAAUGAUAGCAUCUCUUAGCAGAGAGUUUGGAAUUCCACUCACAGUUGAAGAUCUUCAAGCAUUUGCAAUUACCGACAGACCAGACCCCCUGAAUAUGGAACCUCCCUCUUACGCUGGUGGACAGAGAACAACGAUAGAGGAAAAGCCUUUUAAAACAAGUAGACCAUGGACACCUUUGCAAUUGAAGAAUGAAACUUAUGAGAGUGUUUUGAAAAGCAGAACAGAAGCAAAAACACGAAAAAAUUUCCUAUCAGAAAAUAUUUCAAGCGUCCAGCAAGUCGAGCCAAUCAAAAGAGAAAAGACCAUCACGUGUGACCCAGCCUCUCUUGGUAAUCUCGAAGCGCAUAACUACAGUAUUCAGUCUCUGAACACGUCAGAGAUGGCUAAAAGAAAACUGCGCAGCCUCCUCGCAGCGGAUCCGGACUCAAGGUUUACCUACAGCCAGGAGUUUGGCGGCGCAACCGUGCUGCCUGACAACCUUGACGACGUGCGGAAAGAAGAGGUGGAAUCUUCCAGGACAAAGUGGCGAACAGCAGAUGGUUUUGUCUUUCCUGGUCGAAAAACAUCACAGGAAUCUAACAAACACCCAAGGCACCCCGAUGGCGCCCGUCUUGAUGAACUGAAAAAGCCCUGGCGAGAGAAUAUUCUCCAUGCUAACAAACUGAAACCGACAGUAGAUAGGAUGAAGUUUUCAUGGGAAGAAAGAAAAUGCGAUUUCGAUAUUCUUAAGAAGCCAAAGGAGUUUUUCGAUAAAGCACCCCCGAUAACAAUUCAUUUAGCCGGUGAUACGCUGAAAGGAGAACAGAAACUAGCCAGAAAGGAGGAGCAGAAAACAUGGGAGCGUUCAUUGGUGGUUGAUGACAUGUUUAUUAAGAUGCACAGGUGUGCCACUGAGACAGAACUGACUUCAAAAGGUUUCAAGUCUUCAUCACAACUUGCGAGACUUGAUGAUAUUCUGAAAAGUGAACCUAGAAAAUACGCUUUAUCUGCUCCUGGAUUGCGUCUGAAGAAAAUCCCCGCAUUGUCGGUCGUUCUUAACCCAACCGUCGACUCUUCAUUGGGUUUUUACGAGCGAUUAAAGCUUGACACAGACAAACAAGCUGGUGACGAGAGAAACAGUGGCUAUCAUCCUGGGCCUUUUGAUAGCAGAAGCUGGCUGCUUGACAAGAAUAAGAUACCAGUCUCUGAUUAUAAUCACAGUUAUUUUGAGAACAUAAAAGGCGCUGAUUUCAGGCCAUUCUAUUCCUCGAGAGACGUUGUUUAUAGAAGAUCCAUAAAGCCCUUAUCAAAAGAGGAAAGAACAAUUAUUACAGACAAGCCGACAGAAACUGUAUAAUGAUAACAACGUAUUCAAUUAUUCCCCAUUCCUUUUUCUUUUCAUUCAUACAGAAAAGUGGAAAUUUGGCAAAAAUCUUCUGAGUGAAACUUUUCAAAAGGCUCACUCCGAACUUCAAUUUACUGUAUAUUUUGUACAUGUUUAAUAAUCUUUAAUAAUCAAUGCUGGAAUUUUUAAAAAUAAAGAAAUAUACUUA